AUGAAGAUUGGACAGAAUCAAGGACAUUCUGAAGACAGCCAAUCCUUACCAUUAACAAUCAACAAAUUCUAUUUUUGUGUGUGUGUGUCCCGUCCACUUCUCUAUGACCUCUGGCCAACUGUGAUUGAUCGAAUGGACCUUGCCAAUAGAGUGAUGGAUUUGUUGGAGAAUUGGCAGAUUUCAGAUCCAGAAAUUGGAAGACAUUAUUCAAUGGAAACUGGAUCCUACGAUUUGGUGCUGAAGUACUUUUCAGCUGCUGAACAAUCUCCAGGAGCACAGAUUAAUGAGAGACUUGCCAGCGGAAUGUUCCAUUAUGGUCUUACCUUCCCGAUCAAUCAAGAAAAAGUGCUCAACGUCUUCUUGGAACAUGUCAAGAAGGAAAAUGGAAUGGAGGAAUAUGUGAUGCAUUUCAAGAUUGAUCCAAAAUUGUAA